AUGGCUGGAACCAACGAGCUCUGUGGCUCCUGUGCCAAAGUCCCUCUUGAUAAGGAUGCCCUCACAGAAACACACGUUGAGAAAUUCAACCUCGGACCUUGGUCCCGCGUCUCCGAGGAUGCCAUUCUAGUCUGGAGCUACAAUGAGGCUCUCGAACAUCGGGCCGCCUUUGCCAUUGACGAGUGGCCGGAGCAGCAUAUUUGCUUUGCUGCUUCCGCCGACGGUAACAGUAGUGAUUCGGAUGAAGGCUUCAACUACCUCCUCCCCUCUGUCGAACCUGAGCUAGAUUUUUCCCGAGUCUCGCGAUGGAUAUCGACAUGUACAGCCACACACGGCAACGACUGCGCUCUGAGCGUGGAGGCAUUUUCCACAGCAUUCCCGGGGCUUCGUGUCCUCCGCCUCAUCGACGUCAGGCGAGGCUGCUUGGUCGAGGUCCAAGAGUACCGUCCCUACGUUGCACUCAGCUACGUUUGGGGAGCCGUGUCCAACUUUAGGCUGACAAAGUCAAACCUGGCUCCGCUUCUGGUACCUGGGACUAUUGGGGAAGUCUUUUCAACCCUACCAAAGACGAUAUGCGAUGCCAUCACGCUUUGCAUCAGACUUGGAGUGCAGUAUCUAUGGGUCGAUGCCCUCUGCCUGCUCCAGAAUGAUGAAGAGGACCUUGAACAGGGCAUCAACGUGAUGGAUCGGAUCUAUGAGCGCUCUUGGCUGACGGUUGUUGCUGGCUGCGGAUCCGACGCCAACGCUGGGCUGCCGGGUGUCCAGAUCGGUAGUCGGUCCUCUGUGAAGGUUGCCGUCGAGGUAAAGCCAGGGGUACGACUGGGUCUCAUACGGGGCCCAUUUCUCAACAAGGGAAAUAAGAAGAAAAGGCUAGAAUAG